AAUGGAAGCCAAAUAUACUGCCUGCUUCAAUAUAACGCUCUUAAAAGAUUUUGCUUUGAAAGGAGUUUAGGAAACAAAGCAGUUCAUGUUUCUUGGUGACAUCUGCAAAAAGAAGUAAACCAGAGCAAUGGAGCCAGACUUUCUUAAUGCUUUUCCAAAGGUUGUUGAAGUUAACCAGUUGCUACAAGAGGAGGACAUUGUUCCAGGAGAAAAGAGGAAAUACAUAAACCCAAGUUCUCGAACUGACCCUAAACUGGAAGCUCUGCAAACAUUUUUGAUGGACUGGAUUAACACAACCUUGAAGCAUGAACACAUUGUGGUGAAAAGCCUUGAACAAGACUUAUAUGAUGGAUUAGUACUUCACCAUCUUUUAGAGAAACUUGGGUCACUCACUCUGGGAGUAGAGAAGAUUGCACUGACAGAAAAGAAACAACAGCUUAAACUUGCAGUCAUUCUAAAAACUGUGAGCCAGUGUUUACAGCUAGAAGAAAGUGAACUGAAAUGGAGCGUGAAUGCCAUCUUCAAGAGGGACCUCCUAAGCACAUUGCAUCUUCUGGUGGCCAUUGCCGAGCAUUUCCAACCAGAACUUGCCAUACCUCCAAAUGUUGACGUGGGUGUAAUAAACAUAGAGUGUACUUCAACUGGAUUAAAGACAGAAAAUACAGUGGAGUAUAUCACAAAGAACAGGGAAAGUGCAGAAAACUCUUCAAAAGCUGACAUCUUUGAUGAAUUAUUGAAACGUGCUCCAGAGAAACUAGAUGCUGUAAAACAGGUACUUUUGAAGUUUGUCAACAAGCAUGUCGGGAAAUUAGGAUUAAACGUGAACGAUCUGGACUCUCAGUUUGCAGAUGGAGUUAUUUUACUCUUGCUAAUUGGGCAGCUUCAGGGCUUUUUCCUGAAUCUGGGAGAUUUCUUCCUGAAUCCAAGUUCUGCUUCAGAAAAGGUACACAAUGUUAACCUUGCGGUAGACUUGCUGAUGGAUGGAGGCCUUUUAGACACUCCCAUCAACCCUGAAGAUGUUGUGAACCAUGAUAUGAAUGCUACGUUGCUGGUCUUGUAUUGCCUGUUCUCCAAAUACAAGACCAAAGGGACAUGACGCGCAAAACUCAAAAGGCUCCUGUCAGACUCAUUUUUGCUAGUGAACAGUCUACUUUUCACUGCUAAUCAUUGUUUGAUGCUUUGCGUCUAUAUGCACUUGAUAACUGCAUACAUGUACAUGUGGAUAUAUUUCAUGAAAACGGGUGAAUGUAGAGGUUGACCAAUAUUUUUUUAAGAAUUUAAGAGAGCCUGCAGGAAAUACCGUAUUUCUUCGAUUCUAAGACGCCAUCGAUUGUAAGACGCACACUAAUUUCAGUACCACCAACACAAAAAAAGUUUUGAUUCUAAGAAAUAAUAAACGCACCCGCGAUUCUAAGACGCACAUUUAGAGAUAUUUAUAUGGGAAAAAAGUGCUUCUUAGAAUCGAAGAAAUACAGUAGUUGGAAA